AAGGGUAUGUCGAAUUUGGACCACCCGGAUUUUGUACUUUACCCUUCGAAUAUCACCCUCCGAUCCAAGAUGCUGGCCGUCGAAUCCGCUAGAUCUAAGCAACACUCAUACUUCCAACCCAUGAUGGAUCCCAACAUGGUGGAUAUGUUCUCUUUUCCCGCCGACGGCAUGCCGCAAUAUGCGCACUCCACCGACUUCUCAAGAAUGGCUCAGUCAUACUUCGAUGCCCAGCCCCAGUACACCGAGUCCUCAGAGAUGCACAAGUCCUCCAAUUUCCCUUCUAUGCCUGCCACACCUCCUCCGGGCUCUAUAUCCCACCCCACAGAACAAUACAUUCCCACGGGAUCUGCUGCGUCAGGUCAUUCUAUCGCGAGCGCACCUUCCUCAUCAAUUGGAUCUCCAUACUCGGGACCCACACAGAUGUUCCAGGAUAACUGGGUGAACACCAACCAUGGCUUGGGCCUCCCGGCUGCUGUCAUGCCUGAUCUUUUCGCCAAUGACUAUAUGGGAAAUUCAGUGGACAUGGAUGGCUUCUAUCGCGAGAAGCUUCCUGACCCAUUUGUUGAUCCUCACCUGAUUCAACCAGUAUCAGGAGCUCCUAACUACGCUCCUACCAUCUCUUUCCCCGAUCAAAAAACCAACUCAAUCUACUCAACAAUCCCCUCUAACUUCCUGCCUCACUCUCCUAUCCCAUCCCCCGUUCCAUACAGUAGCAGCACAGAGCGACCUUCACCGGGACUCCACCCUGCUCCCCAACCAUCACCCCCAAUGAUGAAUUCUGGCUACAACUCUCGACCAGCUUCAGUUUAUGACCGAAGGUCCUCUGUUUCCUCCAUUAACUCUCGUCGCUCGCAACAUGGGAGCCCUUCCUUGCGCAGCAUCGAAGGAGACGAGGAUGUGAAAGAGAAGGGACGCUGCCCUCACCCUGAGUGUGGCCGACCCGUCAAGGAUUUGAAAGCCCACUUGCUUACCCACCAGUCCGAGAGGCCAGAGAAGUGCCCCAUUGUGAACUGCGAAUACCACAUCAAGGGCUUUGCCCGUAAAUACGACAAGAACCGACACACUCUGACCCACUACAAGGGAACCAUGGUGUGCGGUUUCUGCCCGGGAUCUGGAUCUCCCGCUGAAAAAAGCUUCAACCGCGCGGAUGUAUUCAAGCGUCACCUUACCUCCGUCCAUGGCGUGGAGCAGACACCACCAAACUGCCGCAAACGCAGUCCCACAUCAUCCACGAAGAGAGGUACCAACUACGGCAGCGAUGCUACCGGCAAGUGUUCGACUUGUUCCGCCACAUUCAACAAUGCCCAGGACUUCUACGAGCAUUUGGAUGACUGUGUUCUUCGCGUGGUGCAGCAGGAAGAGCCUUCUGAGGCGAUUAACCAGCAGCAUCUCGCUGAGGUUGCCUGCGACGAGGAAGUAAAGAAGACGAUGGAGAAGCAUCAAUUACUGGACACGGCUGGUUCCGCGGAACAAUACGAUGAUAAUGACUCUCACGAUGAUGAUGAUUCUCACGAUCUCGCUAGUUGGCGCGCCGGCCGUCGAGCCGCCAAGGCCACCAAGGGAGCCGCUGGUUCCCGUCCCAUCAUUGGGAACGGCAAUGCUGUCACUAAGAGUACUUCCUCUGGUACAGUGGGCAAAGGUCCCCGUGCUGUGGCUACUCGCCGCCGCAACAACCGGGGCAACUACCCCAAUUCCUGGGGCUGCCCAAACAGCAACAUGAAGACCAAGAAGCGUGUCCUCUGUGUCUUUGAUGGUCAGCGGCGCCUCUGGAAGGACGAGAUGAUGUUGAACAAUGAGUUCGAAGUUCGUCUGCGUCUUCCAGGUGGUGCGGGUGACGGUACCAACCGUGAUGCCUAUGUCACUGAUCUGGACAUCGAGACCAUGAAGCGGGCUGAGGGUGUCCUCAGCGCCACCGAAGAAGAGCGUGGUGCCUGGCUCCAGGGCCCCAGUCCUCACCUCAUGGGCCACCCGGCUAUGCUUCUCCCAGAGCUGUGCCAAACACAGGACGACGAGAUGUCGAUCCACGAACUCAUGGCUUAA